GGAACUUUUAAUUGGGUGCUUUGUUGAGAAGAACGGAGGAACAAAAUAAUUGUAGUACUGACGAAGCUAGUGCUUUCGGAGGAGGUGGUUAGGAUGUUUGUACAGAUUAGGUUAUGAUGAACGGUAUAAGAAGUUUAAGACAAGAUUAAUGGCAUAGCAGGGAGAUCCCUGGCCACAAGCUGAUUAACAAAGGAGGAUGGAGGCUAAAUAAAUCCAGAAGAACCCAUAAUCUUCAUUUGAUGGAUUGAACGGAGAGAAUAAGCGAGAAAGCGCAGUUCCAGGCAUCCUUCCUAAAGCAGCAGAAGUGGAUCCAUGCUGGAUGCUCUAAAGUCUAAAUUUUUGAAAUAUCUUUUAUAAACAACAAAAGAAGAAUCCCAAGUGGAGCGAGGAUGUCUGAAAUGAUGAAGCUUGAAGCAAAUGAAGCUGGAGGGAUCAGCUUGGAACCUCCUGCAGCAUCCAUAUCAGAACUAGAGGAGGAAACACAAGACAACAAAGAUCUCAUGUUACUUGAAGACGAUCGGCAGCAAAUUGUAAUCAAAGAAGAGGUUUCCCGGAACACUAAUUUGGACCAAUGCCAUUCAGAGCCGGCUCAGAUAAAAGAGGAAAAAGAGGAACUCAGGAUCAGUCAGGGGGAGAAGCAGCUUAAUGAGGAACUGGAAACAGAUAUCAAUGAAUUCCCCCUUAUGAUGGUUACUGUGAAAAGUGAAGGUGGAGAAGAAAAAGCUCAGUUCUCAGAACUUCUUCAGGUCAAAACUGAAGAGACCAGAGAACCAGAACUUCCCACCAGAAGGUCAACCGAACAGAUAAAAACAGAAAGUGAUGAAGAGGACUGUGAGGGACCAGAACCCUCAACAGAUCCAGAUCAACCUGGUCGUGUGCAGCCAAAGACGGAUGAAAAGGCUUUAGACUCAUCCAACUCUACUAAAACCGAAGCCAGUGAUGAUGAGUACUGGCAGAAGUCUUCUGAUUCUGAACUUGAAAUUGAAGAUGGAGACUAUAAUCCAUAUGCAUCAGUGUCAGGGGGAAAAUAUGGUGCAGGAGGGAACUCUGUGAAAAUCACCUUCAGCUGUUCUGUGUGCAAUAAGCAGUUUGAUUCAAAGUUCAAUCUCAAAACACAUUUACGAGUGCAUACAGGGGAGAAACCGUACGGCUGUGACGACUGUGGGAAGCGAUUUACCCAGAAUGCAAAUCUCCUGCGGCACAGGCUGGUGCACACAGGCGAGAAGCCGUUUGUCUGCGAUAUUUGCGGUAAAAGAUUUAGCCAGAGUUCAGCACUAAAGACACACAUGACUGUCCACACAGGAGAGAAGCGACUUAGCUGCUACGUUUGUGGUAAAAGACUCGCAACAACCUCAAAUCUUAGAGCACAUCUGAGCGUCCAUACCGGAGAGAAACCAUUCAGCUGUGACGUCUGCGGAAAAAGAUUUAACAAAAGAGCAAAUCUCCGGGCACAUAUAACACUCCACACAGGAAAGAAACCAUUUAGCUGUCAUAUUUGUGAUAAAAGAUUCACUCAAAGCUCUAUUCUUAGGAGACACAUGGACGUCCACACAGGGGAAAGGCCAUACAAUUGUGAAGUGUGUGGUCAAAGAUUUACUUCAACCGAAAAUCUUGAGGAGCAUAUGAACACUCACAUCAAACCAACUGACUGUGAAGUUUGUGGUAAAAUCUUUACCAAAUCUGCAAAUCUUCUGGCACACAUGAGCACCCACACUGGAGAGAAGCCAUUUGCUUGCGAUAUUUGCGGUAAAAGAUUUACUCAGAAUUCAACUCUGAGGAGGCAUACGAAUGUCCACACAGGAGAGAAGCUGUUUGGCUGCAGUGUUUGUGGUAAAAGGUUUACUCAGAACUCAACUCUCAGUCGACACAUGAGCAUCCACCCGGGGGAAAAGCAGUUUGGCUGUGAUGUCUGUGGUCAAAGAUUUGGUACGACAGCGGAGCUUAGAGCACACAUGAGUUCCCACGAAGGAGAAAAACCCUAUAGGUGCAACAAUUGUGGCAGAAGAUUUGUUCGAAUCUCAAACAUGAAGAAACACGCGUGCAUCCAGUUAGAGAAAUCAUCACGUUCAUGACCAGCAUGUUUAAAGUGCCUUGUUGGGCUUUUAUUAGAAUGUAGUCAUAUUUCUCAUAUAGCUUAAUAACAAAAGAUCAUAUUAUCAAUUUACUUCAAGUGAGAUGAAAUAUUAUGAACAACCCCCCUCCCCUCCAGGGCUCUUUACCUUUCCUUUUAUUAAAACUGACAGUACUCUGGAUUUCAGUUUUAUUUCAAUAGGUAUACAAAAAAUAUACUUGGAAACUUUUAAUGUGAUAAAAAUGCUGGACUGUAUAUGCCGUUAGACCUUUAAUUUUAAAUUUUCUAAGAAAAUGUAUCUACAGUUGCAAUCAGAAAUAGUGAACCGUCUCAACUUAAAGGCCUGUGACGAUUAACCAACAAGAAAUAUGUGUUGAUGCAUAUAUAUUUCACUCAUUUGAUUUGUGCAUAGUGUUGUAGAAGUUGAACUCUUGUUUUCACAGAUAGGUCAAUAAUCAGUCCACUCUACCCAACAGGGCUCACAUCCAAACGUGUUAGAUUAAUAAAAGGUUGGAAUGGGCUUGGACGUUUUUGCUCACAAACCCACAGACUUCUAAUUAUUUGUCUUAGAGUGAUUUUUGCAUCACACAUGGAUGCCUUCCUUUGUGAGGUUUCUGUGAACGUCACAACUGAAGUCAAUGAAGGAUCAUUAGAUGUUACUCUGUUUUCCAUUACAAAGACUCUAAGCUUUAGGUUUUCUGUGUUAAAAUGUGAAACGUCAAACCUAAUUAAAUUUACUCCCAAAUGAAAUAUUGUUUAUUUCCAGUGUUAUAUUAAUGAAUCACUCAACUAAUAAAAAAUGCUAUCCAAAGAAACAAUGGUAGAUCCUUCCAAUCUUUCUGGGUUUUUCCUGUAUUUGUGAUUGUGGGUUUGUAGGUUCCUUGCAGAUUUGUGCUACCAAAACGUUUUCUGCAGCAUUCUUCUUGUCUUGAUCACAGGAACAAUGUUUGUCUUAAUUCCUUUAAUUGUUCCUCUUCAUGCUUUCCAAGGCAUUAAUGCUGCCUUAAAUCUCCCUAAAUUCAACAAUUCUGUAAAUAUUUGUCUUGAACAUUUCUAGCAAGAAAGCAUCAGAGCCGUUGCUGCGGUGCACCUUAUCUUUGAGUUGACAUGUUGAGCCUGGAUCUGUUGGACUUGUUUCAUUGUACACUCCAGUGGAGUUAAAUUAAAUUUGCAUCUUGACUGAAUUAUUCCUGACCUUUAGUGUGUAUUUAAUCUAUGGGAUACCAAGCAGUUUCAUCAGUUUCUUCAGAUCAGUGGGACUCCUAUGUUUUUUCUGUGGGUUUUUAAUUUCCCCUUUCUCUUUCACUGGAAAUUAAAACGUAUUUGUCUUUUUAUUCGGUGUAUGUAUGGUUUUGACUGUAUACACAAAUAUUUGUUUGACUCAACAUCAUAGUUAAAGGAUGACACUAGAGGGCGAACAUUGAGAAGUAAAGCAAAUAGGUGUUUUCCUGCUAAAAGUCCUGGAGAAGUUAAAUGAUGUGGAAGCCAUGUCUGGAUCUUGCAGAAUAAAUAGAAAAACGUCACUGGAAAGGAAGACAUCUAGAAACCCAUGUCAGUCACUGGAAUGAAUGAAUCAAGACCAGAUGGUUGGACUUUAAUUUGUAAAUUAUAUUUUGUCAGAACAUGGAGGUUUUUGCUUGCAAAAAAAAGGUAUCUGCAAGUGGAAAUUGUUGUUUUUCUCUCUCUCUCUUUGCCUUAUUAGAAAAAUGAGCUGCACAAAUACACAAAAGCUAUAUAUGCAAAGUAAAUGAACUCACUUUUAAUGGUAGACCUAGUGUUUAAUGUAAAAACCUUUCUGUGGCUUCAAGCUGUUUGUGUCACAAUUGUAGAAAAUAUAUAUUUUUAUAAGCGUCUCUGAUUGAUCAAAUAAAGGUUUGUAGAUCUUAAGUGAUUCCCAUAAACAGCACUAAUUAAACUGAGCAUAAGUCGUGGAUCUGCAGGGCUUCAGGUGAGCAUGGUCAGAAUGAUUAAAGCAGCUGAGCCUCUAAUAUAAACUCAGCUGCAGCAGCAGAGUAGUUACAACACAAGGCUUUGUCUGCUCUUUGCAGAGAGCAACAUGCAGCAGCAGCAGUGUGUUUUUAGAAAUUCCUGGAUUUGCCUGUUGUUCAGCUUUGGAGCCUGUGUUCCUGUCAGGAAAGAUCAAAGAGUCCCCCAAGCUGGCUCUACUACUAGUGGUGUUUCAGUUGAUUUUGGCUCUGAUGGUACUGGGUCCAGUGCUGGCUUUAGGUCUGCUGUUGGUGUCUCCUCUGUUGUUGAUGCUGGUUCUGAUGUGGACUGUUCACCUGCAAAGGAUGCACAUAUUUUUCAGAUGAUCGCUGACAUGCUGAGCCUGGACCCCCACAGAAGUCGUCCUCUCCUCCAGGCUCAGUGGAGCGUUCCUCAGGGAAUGGCUGCAUCGCGCCCUGUGAACCCUUCAUCCCUCAUCAUUCACAGCGAGUACCGGCAAGAGACUUCCCCUCUGACUCCAAAUACACCCAGGAUACAUUUGACCACAUCCCUGUACCUGGAGCCCCACAGCACCCAGGCAGUGGGUCUAAAGAGCACCAGAAGAUCUGAGGUACAGACUUGCUGCAGUGGACUACUCGACAUCCUAAUGCGAUACUAACUUCUGUUUCCUGCAAGAAGCUACAGAAUUGACUCUUAAAAAAUUAUUUUGAAAAUAAAACUUGAUCUCGCCUCUGUA